CUUCGACGACAGAUGGGGGUUGACUACGCCCCGUUCAAGGCCUUGCUCGAAGCCGGUGAGUGGGAAAAGGCGGACGACGAGCACCGCCGGUUGAUGUGCGUGCUGGCGGGCGAAGAUGCGGAGGAUCGCGAGUGGGUGUACUUCACCGAGGUGGAUAACAUGCCGGCGACGGAUUUGCGAACAAUCGACGAGUUGUGGAAGUUUUACAGUAACAACAGAUUUGGAUUCAGCGUGCAAAGAAAGAUUUGGAUCUCUCAAAAGAAGCAGUGGGCGAAGUUCUUCAAGAAGAUUGACUGGACGACUGGGGAAAAUGGAGACUAUCGCAAGUUUCCGCAAGAAUUUCAAUGGCGAGCGGACGCCGCGCCGGGACACAUGCCUCUCACCAACGCGCUGCGAGGGACGCAGCUUUUGGCGGCGUUGCUCGAACACCCGGCGUUC